GAGUGAGUGUUCCGGGUCAGAAUCGGAACGCGAGAGGAAAUUAACUUCGGGAACUACGUGAAGACACGGCAAUGGUUCUGUUUCCCCCCCGCCCCACGGAGAUGUAGCCCGGCUUCCAUGCGUUAAAAGUGGCGGUGUUUCCCAGCGGCGGUGGCGGAGCGGUGAUAGGCGGGUGCCUUCAAACUAAGCAAAUUGACGACAGACGGAGAGUGAUUCCCAUGUUGAUCGCCACUUAACAAACACCACCUUGGACUUUACAGCUGGAGUUUUGCAGCGAACCACCUGUUAGCAUUGUUUGCCGGUAUUUUUUUUUCCCAACCCGGGACUGUCCCGUCACGGCAAUCUGUUGCAUUCCCCCAAGCAGGUCUGUUUGUUUCUCGUCUGGGUACGACAUUCAGCCGCACCACCCCCGUGAUGUUUCACUGUAUCCCCCUGUGGCGGUGCAACCGUCAUGUGGAGAUGAUCGAUAGACGCCACUGCUCGCUGCUCUUUGUGCCAGAUGAGAUUUACCGCUACGGACGCAGUUUGGAGGAACUUCUACUUGACGCCAACCAACUUCGAGACUUGCCCAAGCCAUUUUUCCAGCUGGUGAAACUAAGAAAACUCAGCCUGAGUGACAAUGAGAUCCAGAGGAUUCCUCCAGAAAUAGCCAACUUCAUGCAACUCGUAGAGCUGGAUGUAUCACGAAAUGAUAUUAUGGAAAUCCCAGAGACCAUUUCACAAUGUAAAGCCCUCCAAGUGGCAGAUUUCAGUGGGAACCCAUUAACAAGGCUACCUGAAAGUUUUCCAGAGCUCCGGAAUCUAACAUGCCUUUCCAUUAAUGACAUCUCAUUGCAAGUCCUCCCAGAUAAUAUUGGAAACCUCUCCAAUUUGGUAUCACUAGAACUCAGAGAAAAUCUCUUGACAUUCCUCCCGGAUUCACUCUCCUUGCUCCACAGACUGGAAGAACUCGACUUAGGAAAUAAUGAAUUAUAUAGUUUGCCAGACACAAUAGGCUGUCUUGUCAGUUUAAAGGAUUUGUGGCUAGACGGAAACCAGUUGGCUGAAAUACCUGCGGAAAUGGGCAACAUGAAGAGCCUCUUGUGUUUGGAUGUGUCUGAAAACAAAGUGGAGCGACUUCCGUUGGAGCUGGGAAGCCUGUUGGCACUCACGGACUUGCUGGUGUCGCAGAAUCUCAUUGAUGCGCUACCGGAAAGCAUUGGAAAAUUACGCAAAUUGUCCAUUCUGAAAGCCGAUCAGAAUAGACUGUCGUACCUGCCCGAGAGUAUUGGUGACUGUGAAAGUCUUACUGAACUUGUGCUCACAGAGAAUCAGAUACAGAUUUUACCAAGAAGCAUAGGAAAAUUGAAGCGGCUUUCCAACUUCAACUGUGACCGAAAUCUGCUCACGUCAUUGCCCAAAGAGAUCGGAGGCUGCAGUGGCCUGAAUGUCUUCUGUGUGCGGGAGAAUCGACUGACGAGGAUACCGUCGGAGCUGUCGCAAGCAACUGAGCUGCACGUGCUUGACGUUUCUGGGAAUAGGCUUGACCACUUACCCUUGUCUUUGACCACGCUUCGCCUGAAGGCUUUAUGGCUGUCAGAAAACCAGUCCCAGCCACUCCUCACCUUUCAGACUGACCAGGACCCUGAUUCGGGCGAGAUGAUUCUCACCUGCGUGCUGCUGCCCCAACAGCCCUUUGAGUCUGAUAACAAAGGCUCUGAUAAUCUCGCCCGCUUCGGAGCUCUGGAGAGCCUGGUGAAUGACAUGGCAGAUGACACGUGGGACAACAAAGCCAUGAACAGGAUCAGCGCCAUUCACUUCCUGAAUGAUGAUGAGGAGGAAGACGAUGAAAAGGGAACGCUACUGCGCCGCGCCACUCCCCACCCGGGCGAGCUGAAAACAAUGAAGAAAGCUGCAGAGAACCUCCGCAAUGACCUGAAUGCCGCCAAAGGCCUGGACUCCAACAAGAACGAGGUCAAUAACGCGGCAGACAAUGUGACCACGUCUGUGUGACCUAUACUUUUACCUUUUUGGAUUUGUGUUUUUACCUCCCUUACGUGUCUUACCAACUCGACCCGCACAAUCCAGCAACUUUUUUUUUUUUCCCCCCCCCUCUCCUUCCUUUAAUUCGACAAACCCUGCUGUGGCCUUCCCGUCCUGUGAUUGAACCCUGGAACGCCCGUAAAGCUUGGUGCUCCCUCAGGGCUGCUGUGCCUUCCUGUUUCUAAUUCACAUCCACAGCAAUAAUGCUCAUAUGUUUUUAAAUGCCUUUUAAAUGAAAAAAAAAAAGACACUAGGUAGUUGCACUAUUAUUUUAAAUCUCUAUAAUACAGUCAAAGCGUUUUAAAUGUGUUAUGUAUGUGUUCUAUAUCUAUUUUUAUUUUUUAAACACUGGGUGAUUUUUUUUUUUUCCAUUCUGGGCGUAUAUAAAAACAGGUUUUGGAUCUACUGAUUACAGAUUGUUGUAUAGUCUCAUGUGAAUACUUUUAUAUUUUUCUUGGCAGCUCCAAUGUAAAUAGAUAUGUAUAGCAAAUUUAUUUUUUGUUUUUAAUUUUUUUUUCUUUCCGUCUUGAACUUGGUACUUUUUUCUUCUUUAAAAAUCAAAAGGAAACAAACAAAAUCUCAUUCACUCAUGUCUUAUUCAGUCCAUUUAGAUGUCAUUGAGUACGAUGGCCUUGAAGCCUUUUUUUGAGCAUCUGUUUAAAUAACUGCAAUUCACUUCAUCAAUGACAAAAUACAAUUCACUGUUUGGUCAUGUUUCUCAAAAUAGAUGCCAAAAUACAGCUGUUCUUUCUUUUUCAAGAGUACUAUUCAGAAUAAACAGUGAAGGGUUGAUAGGUCUGACGUUCGCUCCAGAACUAAACGAAAAUGACAUCCUUUAGAAAUGCAGUUAGAGAAAUUCCAGCGUAAUGCACAACCUCUCUCCAAUCAUUUUUUUUUUAUAAGACAUAUAGUGUAUGAUUUGUGGACCAGGUUCAUAAAGAGUUGUUUUAUUUGUUUUUAAUUAUUUCUUGAUCAAACUGCACAAUUCAGAUCUUAGAGAUUUUUCAACCUUGAGAUCUGAAGGACUUUUAACCACUGAUCAAUAAAAUAAGUGCAACACUAAA